AUGUUGGUAAGUUUCCGUAUCUGGCUAUUGUACUUUCGCCUUUCAACGGUCCAACUCCGAGCAUCGACGCCGAGGUGGGGCCGCAAUUUGUCUCUGGAACCUUUCGUUGGAAAGCAACCCGUCCAUGCUGUGAUCUACGAGACCCUCGGCGACACCGAAGCUGAUCAUCACCAGUCCCAGAAGGUUUAUGUGAUGGAUGUCCGUGUGAUGCCAACAUCACUGUGGUCCAGCUACACCAUGGGAGAGGAGACGAGCGCUUUGUCUCUGGAGUCAGUGGACUGCGAGAACCCAAUGAUACGGCGGUCGCCUUCUUCAGAUUCCUUUUGCUCUGCUUUGUCUGAGCUGGAGGAUGCAGAGGACGGGCGUCAUGGCCUUCUGGCUUCAGCGUCAGACCUUCCACGACCCUUGGUGAGGCAGAGCAGCGAAGUCCGCUGGAAACUUGAUUUUCGCGCGUGUUGCAGGCGAAGAAGGAGAAACAACUUCUUGCUGGACUGACCUGAUCGUUUGAGCUUUCGCGCGCGCCAUGUGGAGAGAAAUGGAACAGCGCGGGUGCCAAAUGAAAA